AUGCUUCAUGCUCGAAUUAUCAAGUUGUGUCUCCUGUUAUCAGAGCUCAAGGCAACACCCGAGAAACGUCAACGGACGGACAGCGCGUCACCUGUUUCUUCAACUCCCCAUCAGUUUACGAGACCCACUACAUCCUUGUCGUUUGCCAGGAAGAGCGGUGGCAGCUUCAACCGUCCUGGCAACAGGAGUCAACCUUCUACACCAUCGAGUAAUCGAAGCCAGUAUCAUCAAAGAAUCCGCGAUUCUCGAAAAAUGCCACCGAGUUUUGGACCUACCCACCAGAAUUUAAUGAGUCAAGGCGCUGGAGUGAAUCGUAGCUUUCAGCAACAGCAAGCCACGGAUAAUUUCCUCCAACAGGCUCAAAUGAUGCCUCUUAUGGGUCAACAACCACAACCAAGGCAAGAGGAUCUUAUGAGUCAAGGUCAGCAUCAGCAACCAUGGCACUCGAUACUGGGUGCAUCCCCACCUCAACAACCUUUUGGUUGCGUUUGCCCCAACUGCAGACUUCCACAUUUUCAAGGACAGCCCUACUGCAGUAAUUGCAAAGCCCCGCUUCGUUGA